AGUAGUAAUCCUCCCCCACCACUCACUCCAACUACGUGCUGAUUGCCGUGGCAACUCCAAAAAAAAUCUGUAUGUAAUUAAGGCAUGACGAGUACACAAAAUUAGUACAUGUUGGCAGGUAUGCAAUACUGUAUAUGGUUCAUUCCAUGUAGACUGGUUCACCAUUGACCAGGUGUGGCGGAGGAGGAGGUACCGGCGGCAACCUGUGUUUGACAGCUGCAGGGUUUAUAAUAAAGGUCCAAUGAAUCUGGUCCCAAGCUUCCUGUAUAUGCCCGCCAGAGAAAGGUCCUUGAUGGACAACCAAAUCUCUUGCCCCGACGGUUGCGGUCCACAGUCCAGGUCAAGGCCGCAUGUGCAUCGCGCCAAAUGCAUUGGGCCUGCCAGAGGUGAGCUUGGACGGAUGCAACGACAAUGUCUUUCUCCUGUUCAGGAAACAGGGGGGCUGAUAGCAGUAAGACACUUUAAAAGGGGACAGCUGUCAAGGGAGUUGUGGGCAUAUUCCACCCAAGGCAGAAAGACAAACCAUUAAGAUGGGUGUUGGUAGCACACACACACAACGGAGAGCCACCUCCAAGCGCUGGUUUGCCCACUGCAUGGCCGUUGGACUGUUGAUGAUAACCAGAUGAUAGACUGACAGAAGCACCGAGGGCCUUGAAGAAGGACUUCAACACCUUGGAAAUUAACUGAGGACCUCUGUUGGAAAUUAGAUCACAAAGGACACCAUGUAUGCAAAGCACAUGCUUGACCAGGAGAUGGGUUGUCUCUGGUGACAAUGAGAGUGUUUUAAGAGCAGUGAAAUGAGCCAUCUUAGAGAACCAAUCAGUAACAUUGAAGAUGACACUGUUACCUUGGGAAACAGAAAUUCUGGUGACAAAGUCCAAGGCGAUAUGGGUGCAGAAGGCCAGCAGGAGGACGGUGAGAGGACUUGCUAUGUGCACAGACAGUGCAGGCGGAAACAAAGUCCUUGACAUCCUUGGACAGCCACCAGAAAUUCUGAGCAAUGACCAAUAAAGUGCGGCUAGCAUCUGGAUGACAGGGAAUUCUGGAGGUGUGUCCUCACUGCAGCACCUCGGAUAUGCCCGACUCGGGAAUGAACAGCUUAUGCUGAGGACAACCUUAGGAGCUCUGGCAACCCUCUGUUCCAAACUUACACACAGUUACUUACACACAGCACAUGCCAGCGGUUGGGUUAAAACAAGACACAUUUGCAGACAUUAAUAAAUAUUUGAGCUUUCCAGAACCAUGCAAUAGAGAAGAAACAAUGUAGACAGACAGGGAGGACUGCUAGAUGGUGUAGAUAAACUGGGCCAAGAGGAGAAGCUGCAGGACGACAGCUUGCUUGUUGGGGUAGAGGUGAGGGGCAGAUUGGCUUCUCCUGUUCCACUGCAUUAUUGAAAAAGGACCCAUCUGACAUUUGACCGUAGGCUAGUGUAGUUGCUGCAACACAUUAUGUCAGGGUGACAUCAGUUACUCCUCAAUUUUAUUUAUUUUUAUUUUAUUUAGUAGGAUCAAAACAAUCUAUAUUCACUUUUUCAUACCCGUGAUUCCCAUUGCAAGACUUCAGGUAGGAUGACAUGUGACCUCAGGCCCCGUUCAUUAUUGGUAUAAGCCACCAUUGUUUACCAUUGUUUAUUUUGUGUCAAAGCCACUUCCAGACGUCAACAUGCAUCUUGAUGCAUGAUGUUAUUUAUUAUGCAGUAAAAGGUAAGUCAGGACAGUUUCCUGUAUUGUUUGUCAUUUUGAUUGACAUGACCAUUGUCUGUCUAAGUGUUGCUCAGUUGUGUUUUCAAGCUGUUAGCAUCAAAUGACCCUUGUGUCGUCGAAGGUUGUCAAGGAGCAGUCCAAAUAGGCGGGCACUCUCACAAGCCACCCCCCAAGCCACCCCACCCCAUCCCAUGUGUCUGUGUUUGUGUGUCUUGUCCUUUUGCCUUCACAGAUGGAUCACUCUCCCUUGCUUAUGGACAGAGAAGAGGAAUAAGUAAAGAAUAAGAAAAAAAACAUUAAUAAGUGACAAAGAAUGCCUCCUAAGAAAAGGAAUGACACAAAAAUUGAUGUUGAAGAUGUUGGGCUGGAGGUGGAUGCUGUAAUAGACAGUGGAAGUGAGGAUGAGGCCAGGAAAAGAAGUAAAAACAGAAGAGCCAAACCACAGCGUAAACACAACCACUUCAGUGAUGAAGAGGAAGAAGAGGAGGAUGAGACUGAGGUACCGAGGAAGAGAGGAAGAAAGAAGAAAGCUAAACUCAUGGACAGCGAUGAGGAUAACGAGGAAGAUAAGAGAAGUGUGAAAAGUAAAGGCUCCAAAGCUUCUAGGAAGAAAGCGACACAGGAGGAGAGUGAAGAUGAGAGUGAAGAGGACCACAGGAAGAAGAAAAAGGGAGGUAAAGCAGUGUCCAAAAAGGACAAAGAGGAGCAGAAUAAAGAGAAGGGGAGUGGUAAAGCGAAAGGAGGGAAUGAUAAAGGAGGUGAGAAGGACAAAAAGAAGAAGAAUGGGAAGUUGAGCAGCUCUUCGUCCUCCUCUGACUCUGGCGAAGAAUCUCUGUCGGAGGGCGAGAUGGCGGUGUUGAAAGAAGAGGUAGAGGAGAAGAAGAAACUCAUCGCAACAUUAAGGAAUAAACCGUGGCGUAUGAAGAGGAGACUUGUUGUGCUCAAGGAGGCACAGGAGUUUGUUGAAAAGUUUGAAGGUGCUCUUGGUAAAGGAAAAGGCAAGAAACUGUACGCAUUCAAAGUCAUGAUGACCAAGAAAUUCAUCAAGUUCAAACGUGACUUUGAAAACUUCAAAACAGCUUGUAUACCCUGGGAGAGGAAGAUCAAGGAAGUAGAAAGUCACUUUGGAUCCUCUGUGGCAUCCUACUUCAUAUUUUUAAGGUGGAUGUAUGGGCUGAACCUGGUUCUAUUUGGGUUCAUGUUUGGCUUGGUGGUCCUGCCUGAGAUUCUCAUGGGUCUUCCUUAUGGGUCCAUUCCCAGGAAAACUGUACCCCGGGAGGAACAGGAGAAAGCUAUGGACUUCGCAGUGCUCUUUGAUUUUGGUGGAUACUGCAAAUACUCUUUUUUAUUCUACGGAUUCUACAACAGUGAGCGAACAAUUGGUGUGCUGAAGUUCAGACUUCCACUGUCAUACCUGCUGGUGGGCGUCGGCAUCUUUGGCUACAGCUUGAUGGUUGUCAUCAGAACGAUGGCCCGUAACUCUAACGAAGGAGGUGACGGUGCUGAAGAAGGAGAGUUUACUUUCAGCUGGAAGAUGUUCACCAGCUGGGACUAUCUGAUAGGAAACCCGGAGACAGCAGACAAUAAAUAUGCCUCCAUUACCACCAGCUUCAAGGAAUCCAUUGUAGAUGAACAGGAGAACCAGAAGGAUGAGAACAUCCACCUCCGUCGUUUCCUCAGGGUUCUAGCCAAUGUUCUCAUCCUGUGCAGCCUUGGAGGCAGUGGUUACCUCAUCUACUUUGUGGUCAAGCGCUCCCAGGAGUUUGCUGAUAUGGAUAAUGAUGAACUCUCCUGGUUCGAAAAGAAUGAGGUGGAGUUUGUCAUGUCUCUCCUGGGGCUGGUGUGUCCUCCUCUUUUUGAAACCAUCGCUGAACUAGAAGACUAUCACCCUCGUAUUGCUCUCAAGUGGCAACUGGGACGCAUCUUUGCCCUCUUCCUGGGAAACCUUUACACCUUCCUUUUUGCCCUUUUUGAUGAGGUCACUGCUAAGUUGGAGAGUGAAAAGUCGAUCAAGAAUGCCACUGAGCGGGCGUUAAAUGAGUACCGUGCCAACUACAGUACUCACUUCAACACCACAGAUGUGCCUCCUCCAGAUGUCCAUCCAGCGGAUGUCAUCAGGGGACCCUGUUGGGAGACUGCAGUUGGCAUAGAAUUUGUAAAGCUGAUCGUGUCGGACAUCCAAGUGACCUACUUGACCAUCCUGAUUGGGGACUUUCUGCGAGCUGUCAUUGUCCGCUUCCUUAACUAUUGCUGGUGCUGGGACCUGGAGGCUGGAUUUCCUUCAUAUGGAGAGUUUGACAUCAGUGGAAAUGUGCUGGGCCUGAUCUUCAAUCAAGGAAUGAUAUGGAUGGGAGCUUUUUAUGCCCCAGGGCUGGUGGGUUUGAACGUUUUGCGUCUCCUGUGUUCGAUGUACUACCAGUGCUGGGCCGUGAUGGCCUGUAAUGUUCCUCAUGAGCGAGUCUUCAAGGCCUCGCGCUCCAAUAACUUCUACAUGGGUCUGCUGCUGCUUGUGCUGUUUCUUAGCCUGCUACCGGUGGUCUACACGAUAAUGACCUUGUCUCCAUCGUUUGACUGUGGGCCUUUCAGUGGCCAAGAGAAGAUGUACGAUGUUGUCAUGGAGACUAUAGAACGGGACCUUCCCUCCUUCAUUGGGACCAUAUUCAAUUAUGCCACCAACCCAGGACUCAUCAUGCCCGCUGUUCUUCUUAUGGUGCUGGCAAUCUAUUAUCUGAAUGCUGUAUCAAAGGGAUACCAACAAGCAAAUACGGACCUUAAAAGGAAGAUGCAAAUGGCUCGAGAUGAGGAAAAGAAUCGCAGGAACAACAAGGAUAGCACUAAUCAAGUCAUGAAAGACUUGGAGGACCUGAUGCCAGACAAAUCUUUGAUACCACCUCCAACUGAGAAAGAGCCACCCCCGCCUGAUGUUGUCAAUGAGAAGGGCACCAAGUCUCCAAAAGUGAAACCAGGUGCAGCGGCCAAUGGGAAAGGAGUUAACCUUCAAAAAGAUGUUUCAUUGGCUGCUUCCAAUCCCAGAGGGCCAGUGACCCGGGCCCCUGGACCAAGAGGGAGACCUCCCGGAAAUGCCAGGGGGCCUCAACCAGGACCUGUUAGAGGAAGAGGCCGAGGCAGGCCUCCAAGACAAUAGAGGUCCAAAGUCCAUUGAUAGACAUUUAAAUCCGAAUAAACUGACUCAGCUAGAGUCAGGGGCAAGCACAGUGGUUUGGUUAGAAUGUCUGAGUCGCAGCAAGAAGGUUCAUAAUUUAAAUCUAUGCUCUUUCUGUGUGGAGUUUGUACGUUCUCCUUGUUCUUGCAUGGGCGUACCCCGGGUACUCUAAAAACAUGUACAGUAUGUUCGUCCAAAUUGUCCAUAGGUGUGAAUGUGAGCAUGAAAGGUUGUUUGUCUAUACUGUAUGUGCCUUGUGAUUGACUGGCAGUCUAGUGAGUACGUGAGUUGGGAUAGGCUCCAGCUUCCCUGAGACCCUGAAGAGGAUAAGCAGAAGAAAAUGAAUGAAUGAAUUAUAGUCAGAAAAGAUUGAGAAUGGGCUUCUGUGAUUAAAUCACAAAAGAUGUAUAUAUUUAUCCAAAGCAAGAUCUAGAAAUGAUUAAACAACAAAGAAAUCAGUAUAGUGUUCACUGGUUGUGUAUA